UUCCUUGGACUACGUUACCCAGACUGCCCCGGGAGCACCGUCGGCGUUCGCAGGUGUUAGCGCGAUGGCGGCUGCUCAGGGGGAGCCGGACGGAGGUGGGCGAUGUCAAGAGAUGGAGGUGCGAAGGCCGCAAGAAGGGGAUGGGUCGCUGCAGGUGAUCCCCAAACCCGAGAACACUCGCGAAAAAAUGGUUCUGUACCAUUGGUCACAGUCCUUCUCCUCACAGAAGGAGAGGUGCCUGUACUAAUUCAUGGCGAUAACAUUAUCUGUGAAUCCACUCAGAUCAUCGACUACUUGGAGAAAACCUUUGAAGCUGAAAACAUCCCCAAAUUAAUGCCAGAAGAAGGAAGCCUGUAUUAUCCACGAGUUCAGCAUUAUCGAGAGCUGCUAGACUCUCUCCCAAUAGAUGCUUAUACCCAUGGUUGUAUUCUUCACCCAGAGUUAACUUUGGAUUCCAUGAUUCCUGCAUAUGCAACCACAAGAAUUCGCAGCCAAAUUGGAAACACUGAGUCCGAGUUAAAAAAACUUGCUGAAGAGCACCCAGAUUUGCGUGAAGCAUAUUUAGCAAAGCAGAAACAAAUUAAGUCCAAGAUACGGGACCAUGAUAAUGUAAACUACUUGAAAAAAAUAUUCCGUGAGUUGGAGAGUGUUCUGGAUCAAGUGGAGACUGAGCUGCAGCGAAGGAUUGAGGAAACACCAGCAGAUGAAGGACUUCAGCCAUGGCUCUGUGGUGACUUCUUCAGUCUUGCAGAUGUGUCUCUCAGUGUGACAUUGCAUCGGCUUAAGUUUCUAGGACUUGCCAGAAAAUACUGGGGAAAUGGAAAACGGCCAAAUUUAGAAACUUAUUAUGAUCGUGUGUUACAGCAAAGGACUUUUCGGAAGGUUUUGGGAAAUGUGAACAACAUCUUAGUGUCAGCAGUACUGCCUACUGCUUUUCGGGUUGCGAAAAAACGUGCUCCAUCAUUUUUGGGGGCUAGUUUUAUUGUAAGUCUGCUGGGAGGAAUAGGGUAUUUAGCCUUCUUGUUCCUUAAAAAGAGACUUGCAUAGAUUUUGGUGGUAUGAACUUGCUCAAAUUCUUGGUAGAUAAAACUGUGGAAGAACUUCAUUGCAGUUAUCAAGUUAAAAUACAACUGAAUGGAGCCAUUGCAGUUAACCCAUUUGCUGUAGUAACAAAAUUUACUGUCACUAUUUUAUUUUCAAACAUUAAGAUUGUAUUGUGUGGAAAGUUUAAUCAAAUGCGCUCAACACAAUUCAUUUAUUCUAGAACCACAGAUAGGUUCACUUUUGUAUGUUUAACCAAUUUCAGGUAGUAAAUUGUGAAUUGGCGAAACUCCCAAUAUUUCUGUGCUUCACAUUAACAAUUUUACAAUGCACUUAAAUAACCUUUGAAGCUAAAAGUGAGUCACUUGGGCUCAAAUGUUAGUCAAAAAUCAAUUCUCUAACCUGCAUGUAUCCAACUUCUAUUUGUCUUUUUUGUCUACCCUGUCCAUCCUUGAAGACAUUGUCCAUUGUAGACAUCAGCCUUUUAGGAGGUUGUGUACUGUAUCACUUUUACAGAUUGUUUGUCAAUUUGUGAAUAUAAUUUCAAUAUCAAAUACUCAUUCUGAAUAAAGGCAUACAGAAAAAAUCUGAAAAAAUGUUUAAAAGCUUUGGAAUAGUGAGAGUUCAUAAUUUACUUUAACAGGAUAACAUCUUCGAUAUUUAUUUCUUAGCAGUAUGAAAUCAUUCAGAUGGAUAGAAGAUCAAAGGAAACAUUCAGUAAAGUGGUUAUCAUAUGAAAGAGUAGAUUUUUUUAAAUGAACAAUUUGUAGACCUGCCUGCAUUUGUUUUAUCAUCUACAUAUCUCAAAGACGCUUUAACUUUGAAGCAAGGUCUACUGCUGGUGCUUCCACAGUGUAUUCUGUUAAUGGAGGUUACGGGCUAUUGAACCAACUGAUGCUCACCCAACUGGAGAAAAAAAAAAUCAAGUAAUAAAUCUAAAAAACUGUCAUAACAGACGCACUUGGGAAUGGCAUGCUUUCCCUUUUUCUGAGUUCUAAGUUAGUAAGCUCCCUUUUGUAUUAGUUGGUCAUUAGAAUUUGGGGAUGGAUACUCCAAUUUUAUUGCCUAUUUGACACUGGUAAAACACCAGAGGUGUGGAAAGUCUGUAAUUGGCCCCUUAAGGGCCUCACUUCAUUUAAGUCCAGGUGGGCCUUCUGCAACUAGCUUCUAGUAAAAUAUUAGCAAUAGUUCUCCAUUGGACCUGAUGUCUUUAACUCACCACCUCACACUCUCCUUGAGGCCUUGUAUAUUCCUAGGCAGAGACUCAGUUAAAUUUAGUGAGGUAAGCAGGUGAUGACUUUGGGGAUGUAUUUCCUCAGUGUUUCUGUAAAAUCUGAUAGGCUAAUUGGAAUCUUUACUGAUUUGACUACCUGUUCAGAUCUUAAUGAAAAGCCAUCACAUAAAAUAUCUACCAGUUGAAAUCUUUCCUAUAGAGACACCUGAGCAGAAGAUUUGAAGAUCCGAGGCAAUUCUUAUCUACUUGCCACUUUCCCACCACAAUAUAUUAAUCACUUCACUGUUAGCAUCAGCUUAAGACUAUCCACUCCUGAAAAUGAGUUCCAGUUAGAAGCACAAAGUGCACAAAUGCUGUUUGUACUAAGGAAGCAGCUUGAAGAAGGUUUCAGCACGUCCACUGUGGUCUCGAAUCUGAAGACCUUGAAGGGAGCAUUGUUUGCUGAGUACUAUCUAGUAUUUGUAGAGUAUGCUCUAUGAUGUAUAGGGCUCUUUCAGUCCAAUAGUAUCUUGGAACCAGGAGGCCCAAGUUCAAAGGAGUUUGUUUUCUUCACUGUCACUAAUUUUUUUUCCCCCCAACUGCUUGAUUGACUUUGAGAUGAGCAGAAAUUUCUGCCAGGUGAAUUCCAGAAAGAAUGGGACUGAUUGUCUUUGGUUCCUGCUAUAAACUCGCUUUUUUAGCUAUCAACCAUCCCUUUGGUUAGCAAACUGAGGUUGAACCAUACUGUUUACAAAUGUGGAGUCAUAUUUGGGUCCAAAGUGAUCUGUUGAUGGAUAUUUGUGUCAGGAUGAUUUCCAGCUCUGUAUCAUCAUUCAUAUUUAUUCCUACCCCAACUCACCUGAUAUCUUCACACCUGUCCUUGUUACAAAUGGACUUUUGUCCUGCUAUGAGGGCAUUGGUAAUCACAUUGUAGUUUUUGAAAAGUUAAGGUAAUUCUACGUUCUAUUAUCUGUCCUAACUAUCUCAAGUUCUGUUCGCACAUCCCUUCUGUGCUUACUGGCUUACUUCCUGGUAAAGCAAUGUCUUGAUCUUAGUAUUUGCAUCUUAUUUGCCUGGCCUUGCCUUUCCCUUACUUGAUGUCCUCAAGCUACACAGGAAGGCUGUUAUUUCAAGGAGCAGGAAAAUCUUACUGCAAUUGUUCAAAGUGCUGUUGAGACCACAUCUGCAUCACUGAACAGUUUUGUUCCCCUUAUUUAAAGAAAAAUAUUAUUUAAUUGGAGACAAUUCAGAUCGAGGGAUUGUCUAAUGAGCAAAGGCCAAACAGAAUGGCAUAAAUCUUAGAAUUAAAGGCCAUUAACUUAGCACUCAGAUGACAAGGAACUCCUCUGAGGGCUCGCAGACUUUGGAACUCCUUACCACAGAGAUCAGUAGCAGAUCCAGAGUUACGGGGAAAGGGCUGAAAGUGAAUGUGAGGAUUGUGGGAUAAGUCAUGAUGCAAUGAAUAAUGGAGAAGGGUGGAGGGGCCACACGUCCUCUUUCUGUUCCUAUUUCAUAUACUAUAGAUCUGCAACAAUAGCAUGUGAAAUACAGUUC